AUGACGGAGGCUGCACUUGUUCCCACUCCCACUGUCCCUGUUCCCAGUGCCAAGGCUGCCGCCAAGAAGCAGGAGGAGGCAGUGAGUGUCUCCAAAGCCUGCAAGCCUGUGGGGCCCAGAGUCACAGAGCUGAUCACCAACCCUGUGUCUGUCUCCAAGGUGCUCAAGAGGCUCUCCUUCACUGCACUGAAGAAGGUGCUGGCCGUGGGCCACUAUGAUGUGAAGAACAUCAGACAUAUCAAGCUGGGGCUCAAGAAACUCGUCAGCAAGGGCACCCUGGUGCAGACCAAGGGCACUGGCACCUCCAGCUCUUUCAAGCUGAACAAGAACCUGGAUGAGACAAAAGAAAAGGCAAUGAAGAAAAAGUCAGCAGCCAAGCCCAAGAAGUCUGUGGCCAAGAAGCCCAAGAAAGUGGCGGUAGUGAAGAAGAGCCCCAAGAAGGUGAAGAAGCUGGCAGCCACAGCAGCCAGGAAAGCAGCCAAGAGUCACAAGAAAGCCAAAAAGGCAGGCAGCCCCAAAAAGGCAGGAUACCCCAAGAAGGCAGCCAAGGGCUCGGCUAAAGCAAAAGUGGUGAAGCCCAAAGUAGGAAAGCCUAAGACAGCCAAACCCAAAGUGGCCAAGGCAAAGAAGGAAGUACCAAAAAAGAAGUAA